CGUUUCAGAACGCAUAAUAAAUAAAUAAAAGUUCCCAUGAGAAUGCCAUGGAGAAUAGCCUUCCUCUCUUUCUUAGCCUCCCUGGCUCUCAUUUUCUCCAACGUUUGCACGGCCCAGGACUACGAGGACGAGAAGCCGGCGUCACCGCCGCCUGAGCAGCAACGGUGCGACGGCAUCUACGUCGCGUACAAUUUCCUGGGCCGCGAGAAGAUAUAUCCCCUGGUGACCAACACGUCAGCUCAGGCCUGGGCGUUCAAGGCGAUGUUGAGCGUCUUGAACGCCGGGGCCCGCGAGCUGAAGUCGUGGAAGGUCCUGGUGGGCUUCCAGUACAACGAGCUGUUGGUGUCGGUUGACGGGGCGGUCGUGGAGGCGGUGGUGGCGGAUGGAGACAGCGGCUUCCCCAUCCAGGUGGCGAAGAACGGCACGGUGUUCUCCGGGUACCCGAAGUCCGACUUGAAGACGGCGAUCGAGACCGCCGGAGAUUUCGCGCAGAUACGGUCGGAGGUGAAUAUAAAGGGGACUCAGUUUGGGUUGAGGGAGAAGGCCACCCCUUUGCCUAAGACCAUCAAGCUCUUGAAUGAAGGAUAUAAGUGCCCUUCUCCAAAACAUUUUUCGAACCAUAUGAGCAUGUGCUGCAAGAGGGAUCCCAAGUUCAAAGACAAGAAGUUGAAGACCAAGUUCCUCCCCCGACAACACGGCGACCUGAGUUUCACAUACGACGUGAUGUCGGCAUACGAGAACAAAUACCUGGCCCAAGUUACCAUCGAGAACAACAACCCGUUGGGCCGUUUGGACCAGUGGAAUUUGACUUGGGAGUGGAUGAGGAACGAGUUCAUCAAUUCCAUGAGAGGGGCCUUCCCUCACGUGAAGGACCCCUCCGAGUGUAUCUAUGGCCCACAAGGCCAGUAUUACUUAGAUAUGGACUUCUCUACCAUCCUCAACUGCCAGCCCAAGCCCGUCAUCUCCGACCUCCCACCCCAAUUCUCCGAAGACGAAAAGAUAGGGAAGAUCCCACAUUGUUGCAGGAAUGGGACACUGUUGCCCAAGACCAUGAACGAAACCAAGUCAAAGUCAAUGUUCCAGUUGGAGGUGUUUAAGAUGCCACCCGAUCUGAACCGGGCCAGCCUCAACCCGCCGCAGAAUUGGAACAUAGUGGGCCAGCUCAACCCAACCUACAAGUGCGGUCCACCGAUCCGGGUGGACCCGAGCGAGUUUCCCGACCCGAUGGGGACCGCCAUGACCACGACCGCCGUCGCGUCGUGGCAGGUGACGUGCAACAUCACCCGGCCGAAGCCGAAGCACGCCAAAUGCUGCGUCUCCUUCUCGGCGUACUACACGGACUCGGUGGUCCCCUGCAACACGUGCGCGUGCGGCUGCGGCAACGACGAGGAGAGGCGCUGCAAUCCCGACGCGCCGCCUCUCCCCCUCCCGGCGGAGGCGCUCCUCGUGCCGUUCGCGAACCGGACCGCCAAAGCCCUGGCGUGGGCCGACAUCAAACACCACAAGGUCCCCAGGAAACUCCCGUGCCCGGACAAUUGCGGGGUGAGCAUAAACUGGCACGUCGACUCGGACUACCGAACCGGUUGGACUGCCCGGAUGACGCUAUUCAACUGGAGGGACGACCCGUUCGCCGACUGGUUCACGGUGGUUCAGCUGAAGAAAACCGGCCGGGGAUACGAGAACGUGUACUCGUUCAACGGGACGAGGUACCCGCGGCUAAACAACACCAUCUUCAUGCAGGGGUUGCCGGGGCUGAACUAUCUGGUCGGAGAAGUGAACGGAACCCACCCGGAAACCGACCCGAGAGUGCCGGGAAAACAACAAUCGGUGAUCUCCUUCUUGAAGAAGGGUAUCCCCAAUGUGAACAUUGCAAAAGGAGAUGGGUUUCCCAGCAAGGUGAUCUUCAAUGGUGAAGAAUGUGCACUCCCCACACACAUUCCAAAGCGAUCGAGUGCGGCGCAUGGAACUCGGACCGGGUUCAUGAUCCCGGUUUUGUUUGUUUUCUUGGCUUUAUUGCUAUUGUCAGACCGGUUCAAUUGACCAUUGAUGAUGAACUAACUUUCUAAUUUUUCCCCCCUUUCAAAUUAUCGUAUGAUUGAGGUACAUAUUUAUAUUUUCCAACCAUGGUUAUAUGGGGAAAAAAAAUAUUACAAACCAAGGGUGUUUGAUAUUUGUCACAGAAAAUGAAUUUAACAAGUUUAG